ACAAUCUCUCUUUCUCUCUCUUCAAAUCAACAGUUUUCAUUAAAAAGAACUCGACUUUAUCAAUCAAGAUGGGUUGUUUUCAUGUGAAAUUCAUUGGGUCGAUGAGAAAUAAGCGAACCAAUCAGAGGAGAAUCGCCAAUAGAGAACUUAACGGCGAUCAUGAGAUUCCGGUGAAGAUGAAAAGCUUCAGAUGGGAGGAAUUGAAGAAAGCCUCAAAGGAUUUCUCCAAAUUGAUUGGAUCGGGUGGGUUAAGCAACGUUUAUCUAGCUCAUUUCUCUCUUACAUCUCUUGCCGCAGUUAAGAUUAUUCAGUGCGGCGGCAGUGAGCGGCUCAGCCGUGUUUUCAGGCAAGAACUUGAAAUUUCCAGGCAAAUUGAGCAUGAGAAUAUUGUCAAACUCAUCGGUUACAGUGAAACCCAAGAUGAAGGAGCCUUGAUUUUUGAAUACAUCUCCAAUGGAACCUUACAAGAGAAACUCCAUAGUCAUCAUCAAGAAGUUCUCUCAUGGAAGUCUAGAAUGGUAAUAGCUUUCCAACUAGCCGGAGCGAUUCAAUACCUUCAUGACAAGUGUUCUCUCCAUAUAAUACAUGGAGACAUCAAACCCUCAAACAUCUUGUUAGACCAGCGUCUCAAUUGUAAGCUUUGCGAUUUUGGGUCGGCGAAAAUGGGAUUCUCCUCCAUGGUAUUGCCCCCGUCUUCGGCCGACAGAAAUCUCAUUAUGGGUUCUCCGGGAUACGUCGAUCCUCAGUUCCUAAGAACGGGGAUUGCGUCGAAGAAGAGCGAUGUGUAUAGUUUUGGAGUUAUAAUGUUGGAACUCAUCACGGGAAUGGAGGCGUUCUGCCCUGAGAAGGGGCAGAUGUUAACGUCGGUGGUUGGGACCGACGUUGGAAAAACGGUGAAAAUGGUGGACCCGAGUCUUAAAGGAAACUUUGUUUUAGAAGAAGUGAAAGCGAUGUCUUCAUUGGCGGGUUUGUGCCUCAAAACCUCUCCGAUCCUAAGACCUUCGAUGUCUGACAUUUUGCUUACCAUAGCGGAUAAGAUAACUUCAAUUUACAACGAUGAAAAAGUGUCGGACUUCUGAGUUCUGACCUAUGAUUCGUGGGGAAAUUAUUUGUGAUGAAUACUUGUAAAUUGUUUUGAAAAGGUAUAGCAAAUGGUGACAAACAUUACUAGUAGAGAAAAUGAUUGAUUGUUUAAACUCUUUGAAGAUGCACGAUAGAGUGAUUAAGGUUGAAUCAAACAAAGACAUAUAAAGUUUACAUUGAUUUUAGGUUAGGAGUGUUAAUUUGUGAGUAUAUUUCAUUAAGGUGUGAUGAUGAUUGUGUGGAGAAUGGGCACAAUAUGCUUUUAAAACUUUUACUCCACUCAACCCCUUC